GGCUUGGUCACGUACCCUAGGACAGAGCUGCUGGAAAUGAUACCUGAAGUCCAGUCUGCUCUCGAUUGGGCUAACGCUGUGCAGGGGGGCGAGGUAGCUUGGAGAAGUUGGCACAGUCCUCGUGAUGAUCAUGUCGUUUGUGUUCGUUCGUUCAUCAACGCCCUGAAGACUAACAACUCGGAAAAGCAGCAGGAGGUGGUGGGUAACAUAAUGGCGAG